AGUAUUUGAAAGCGGUAGAAAYAGCAGACCGGGCCAAUCGUCGCACUUCAUAGAUGGCACCGGUGCUCACGGAGUGAAGCAUGGGCUCCGCGGCGUCGCAGUCAUGGCUAGAUCCACCACCAGAAGCACCGAGGACGGGGAGUCUUGUGUAACCGCCUCCACGGACCGCGGAGAGACGCGGGACCUGGCCGAGCCCCGGGAGCUGUCUCUGGAGGAGGUCCUGAAGUCCUACGAGCAGCCCAUCAACGAGGAGCAGGCAUGGGCGGUGUGCUACCAGUGCUGCAGCGGGCUCAGGGUGCCCCGCCCGCCGCCCGGGAGAGUCUGCCGGGUGAAGGACCCGUCCUCCAUCCUCCUGCACAAGGACGGAACCGUGACGUUAAAGAAUGAUCCCCGGGACGACGAUGAAGAUGGACCUCCUCUUCCUGUUGCAGAGCGACAGCUGGUGCAGGCCCUCGGUGUGGCCAUCUACCGAGCUCUGGACUGGGGACUGGAUGACAGCGAGGAGAGGGAGCUCAGCCCGCAGCUGGAGCGCCUCAUCGAUCGAAUGGCUAGCGGAGACCCGAGCGAAGAGGGCAACAGCAACGCCAGGAACGGCACAACGGACGAGGGGUACAGUGGGCAGGAGGAGGAGGAAGAGGAAGAGGAGCAGGAGGGCGUGUUAAGGCCGGUUUGUACGUUCCGUCAGGUGAUGGUGCUCUGCGCCUCCCGUCUGGCCAACCCGAGUCUGGCUCCGGAGCACUACCAGGCCGUCUGCAGGGCUCUGUUYGUGGAGACUCUGGAGCUGCAGACCUUCCUCAUCAAAAUCAGAGAUGCAAAGGAGAUGCUGAAGAAGAUUUCAAGCGAGGAGUCUCUGGAGGACAGGUCCRCAGCCGAGCUGGACGCACUGAAACACAGAGACUGGGCUCAUCUGUGGGUGCAGCUGAUGAAGGAGCUCAGGCAGGGAGUGAAGCUGAAGAAGGUCCAGGAGCAGCCGUUUAACCCCCUGCCCACCGAGUUCAGCCUCACGCCGUUCGAGAUGCUGAUGCAGGACAUCCGAGCUCGCAAGUUUCAGCUGCGCAAAGUCAUGGUGGAUGGUGACAUUCCUACCAGAGUGAAGAGAAAUGCUCAUGAACUUAUACUGGACUUCAUUAGAUCCAGACCUCCGCUCAAACCGGUUUCAGAGCGCAGCCUUCCCCCUCCGCCCCCGCAGCAGCAGUCCCUCCACGACCGGGUCCUGGCAGAGAUCAAGCAGGAGAGAAAACUCAGACCGGUGGCGCCACACAGCACCAGAUCCUUUGGCUCUCUGCCCUGUCUGGCUCAGAUGUGUCCUUGUAACGUCAAAUCCACGUCAUGCAUCGACCUGUCUGUGUCAGAGCCCCGGCCGCCACCCCGUCCUCGCAUCCUGCUCAAGGCCCCGACGCUGGCCGAGAUGGAGGAGAUGAACUUAUCUGAGGAAGAAGAGUCUCCAGACCAUGGAGACCUGAGGAGGACAGAGAGCUCCCCCACACCCCUGAAGAGAGACCGGUCCUUCUCAGAGCAGGACCUCGCCUUACUCCGAGGGGACGUGCUUCCGUCUCUGUCACAGUCGGCCCAGCUGGGUGARACCAUCAGACUGCGGGACAUCAGACCCAGGUCCAGGACGUUGACUGGUGCCGGGCCUCCACCUUACCACAGAGCCUCCUUUCCAGUUCAUGGCUGGGUGCCGCCAUCUCCCGCCCGCCUGUCUCUGAGUUCAGUCGACGAGGCCACGGAGGGGCCAGAGUCAACACCAAGCUCCAAAACUGGAGACCAGUGGAUGGAGGAGUUCAGCCAUCCUGUGGAGAGUCUGGCCUUAACGGUUGAUGAGGUCAUCAAUGUGCGCCGAGUGCUGGUCAAAGCAGAGAUGGAGAAAUUCCUUCAGAGCAAAGAACUCUACAACAACCUGAAGAAGGGGAAGGUUUGCUGCUGCUGCAGAGUCAAGUUUCCUCUUUUCUCCUGGCCGUCUACUUGCUUACUGUGUAAAAGGUCAGUCUGCAGCUCCUGCAGUGCAAAGAUGAAGAUUCCCUCCAAAAAGAUGGCCCAUAUUCCUGUGUACACUGUGGGCUUCCACACWGCACCAAAAAGUCACGGACACAAAACCCAAGUCUACAAAUCCCUGCGAAGGCUAACCCGCUGCUCGGUGGAGGAGGAGUUCCCGCACCUGUACGCCAACGGCUGCACGCUGCGCGACGUCUGCGCCGAGUGCACCAAGUUCGUCGUCGACGUCAUUUCCUCCAGCCGCCGGAGCCUGGACAUCCUGAACAACACUCCAAAGAAGGAGGCCGUCCCCGCUCAGAGACCACAGCUGCAGCGUCAGUCCAACGUCGAGGCUUUCCCUCACCUGUCCGCGCYGCACCACCCUCAACACAAACAGCUCCACGCGUCCUCGCCGUCCCCCUCGCCGCAGCUCCACCGCGCGGAGACGAUCAACAGCGUGAGCCACUGAGUGGAUCAGACACUUUGUGCUGUACCGACCACACUCUGCACACAUUUAGACAGACAUCUAUAAUCCAGUAAGGUGCUUUAAAGUUAAUUUUGCUGGAUUGAAGCAUUAAAUGUAUCAUUUAUUACGUCGUGUUUAGAUCUAAACACAGUUUCUGAAGCUGUUUAGAACCGUUUUUAUAGAGAGAAUUUCCACGUCUGCUUUGCACAGCUGCAUUAUCUUCCAGAUCUGUUCACUUCUAAAGGUUUAAGAAAGAAGCUCUGCGUCUGCUACGAUGUGAGACCGAGGGCGGAGCUGAACUCGGACACUUAGUUUAACAUCGCAGCUCUGACUGUUUUGGUCAUGAAUGUAAGUUUGUAAAAGCUUGUACACAACAGAACAAUGUUGAUUUUUAUUAUUAUUAUUAU